CCCGCCCGAUCCUUGCCAACUGUCAGUGGUGCGGCCGGCGGCUUCCAGUACUUCCGCCUCCGGAAGGCGCUUCCUGGGCUGCACGUCACGUCACCAGCCGUGGUCGCAAGGCAGCCGCUUCCGAGAGCUGCACGAGCCAGGGCAGCGCGUAGGCGCCCAGCGCUCGGCUACUGGCGCCGCCACUAACCGGCUGUCCACCGGCUGCGGUCAGUAGGCUGGAGACUGGAGGGGAUCUGCGGCUUUCUCUCCAGUAGGUGCGUCUGCGCGAAAGCCCCGCUCGCGCUUCAGUCCUUUCCCCUCACCGGCGCGUUCGGCCGUCUGAAGACGACGCGUCACCCAGGAAACAUCUGAAGUCGACGGACACUCACAGUGUUCUGCCCAGCUGGACUCAUUCCGUGUACGCUAUCUUCAAGAGUAAGGUUGUGUAAGAGGGAGCGGCGCUACAGCUGGUGGUUCCAUUGCCCCGGCGACAGUCAGCUGUUGUCGGGAGGAUUAGCAACACAGCGCAGCUGGUGGUGCCACGACCAGUCAACGGAAGCGGCGGACUCUGGUGGCAGCCCGCGUCACCUCGUCGUGUUUGGCUCCGUCAGCCGCGCAUGCUGCACCGCAGAGUUCAUUGCAGUUUAAGCCAUGGAAAAGGCGCCUUUAAGAGGCAAUGCGGCCAUACCAAUGAGUUUUCCCACUUCUUAUCAUGCGGUUGAUGACCAACAACAACUCGUAAACGGACAACAGUUUCGAUCUGCAUCAAUUAGUUCAGAUGAUGAGAUGAUUGACAUUACAACGACAGGAACUGUUACGGAACGCACCAUUCAUCAAGAUGAAUUGGCAGCAUCACACUUUGCAGGUGAUGCUGAUGACAUCCCAGGCAUCGGCCAGUAUGAUGACUUCCAUACGAUUGACUGGCAGCGAGACAUUGCACGUGACAGAAUGCGUCACCGGUACAUUGUGAAAAAGAAGCAAGAUUCAAUAUGUGACUUAAUAAAAGGAGCACAUGACGCAUGGUCAGGUUGGGUCUGUGUGCUGCUUGUAGGUGUAUUUACAGGUGUGGUAGCCGGUGUGAUAGAUAUCGGAGCAAGCUGGAUGUCAGAUCUGAAAUAUGGAAUUUGCCCCCAGGCAUUUUGGCUCAAUCGUGAACAGUGUUGUUGGUCAUCUAAUGAGACAACAUUUGAUAAUGGCAACUGCUCACAGUGGUGGACAUGGCCAGAAGUUUUCAGUCAGUCAAGAGAAGGGGUGGGCCCAUAUAUAAUUUCCUACCUUUUCUACAUUGUGUGGGCUCUCAUUUUUGCUGCACUUGCUGCAUCUUUGGUACGGAUGUUUGCCCCUUACGCCUGUGGCUCAGGUAUACCAGAGAUAAAAACAAUUCUGAGUGGGUUUAUCAUUAGAGGAUACUUAGGAAAGUGGACAUUGAUAAUAAAGUCUGUUGGUAUAAUGCUUGCUGUAUCGGCAGGCCUUAGCUUGGGAAAAGAAGGUCCUAUGGUGCAUAUUGCCUGCUGUAUAGGUAAUAUAUUCUCCUACCUUUUUCCAAAAUACGGAAAAAAUGAAGCUAAGAAAAGAGAGAUACUGUCGGCAGCAGCAGCUGCUGGUGUGUCUGUUGCCUUUGGAGCUCCAAUUGGAGGGGUCCUAUUCAGUUUAGAAGAGGUCAGUUACUACUUUCCACUCAAGACAUUGUGGAGAUCAUUCUUCUGUGCUCUUGUGGCAGCGUUUGUGCUGCGCUCCAUAAACCCUUUUGGAAACGAGCACUCUGUGCUGUUUUUUGUGGAGUACAAUAAACCUUGGAUAUUUUUUGAGCUGGUUCCUUUUAUUGGACUUGGGAUAAUAGGAGGUGUAAUAGCUACAAUAUUCAUAAAAGCAAAUCUAUAUUGGUGCCGCUAUCGCAAAGUUUCAAAGUUGGGUCAAUAUCCUGUUACUGAGGUACUGGUUGUUGCAGUGAUCACAGCAGUUAUUGCGUACCCUAACCCAUAUACACGCAUGAAUACAAGUCAGUUAAUUUAUUUGCUGUUCAGCCAGUGUGGUGUUUCAAAUUCUGACAACUUGUGUGAUUACAACCGCAAUUUCACUGAUGUUACUUCAGCCAUUGAAAAGGCAGCUGCAGGACCAGGUGUCUACAAAGCAAUAUGGCUGCUAGUGCUGGCUUUGAUCUUUAAGCUGAUUGCAACAAUCUUCACAUUUGGCUUCAAAGCUCCAUGUGGUUUGUUCAUUCCCAGCUUGUGCCUUGGAGCAAUUAUGGGCAGGAUAGUAGGUGUUGGUGUGGAACAGUUAGCGUAUCAUUAUCCACAUGUGUGGAUGUUCAGUGGAGAAUGUUCCACAGGAGAUGAUUGCAUUACUCCUGGGCUCUAUGCCAUGGUGGGAGCAGCUGCUGUUUUAGGCGGAGUGACACGAAUGACAGUAUCUCUUGUGGUAAUAAUGUUUGAACUGACUGGUGGAGUACGCUACAUUGUACCUCUUAUGGCAGCUGCUAUGGCCAGCAAGUGGGUUGGUGAUGCAUUAGGCCGGCAGGGCAUAUACGAUGCCCACAUAGAGCUAAACGGCUACCCAUUUCUGGACAGCAAAGAAGAAUUUGCACACACAUCAUUAGCGGCAGAUGUAAUGCAACCAAAGCGAAAUGAAACACUGAGUGUCUUAACUCAGGAUUCUAUGACUGUAGAAGAUGUUGAAAGUCUUCUCAGAGAAACAGAACACAAUGGUUUCCCUGUAGUCGUAUCAAGAGAAUCGCAGUACUUGGUAGGAUUUGUGCUAAGGAGGGAUCUUAACCUUGCCAUUUCAAAUGCUAAAAGAACUCAAGAAGGCAUUUGUGCUCAGUCUCUUGUACUGUUCACAAGUCAGACUCCAGUCCAGACAACAGGGCCUCCACCAUUGAAGCUGAAGAAGAUACUCGAUAUGGCACCAAUCACCAUUACGGAUCAGACUCCGAUGGAGACUGUUGUUGACAUGUUCCGCAAACUUGGAUUGAGACAGACGCUUGUCACACACAAUGGACGGUUGCUUGGUGUCAUCACAAAGAAGGAUGUACUGAGGCAUCUAAAACAAAUGGAUAAUGAAGACCCUAGCUCAGUGUUAUUUAAUUAGUUCAUUUUUAUAAGGAAAGGGAGACUAUGUUGUUAACAUGCCAAUUUCAGAACCUCAGAAUAGUGAUAUGUUACUACCUAUUUUACAGGUAGGCAGCUAUGUGAUGUAAGUUAAUUUAUUUUAACUUUGUGAUGGGACUUACGAAAGAAGCUUAUACACUUAUCCAUUAUUUUAUACACACACACUGUAGCUUUUUGUUGCUUGUGAACUUAAUGUGUUAAUCUUUUAUUGUGAUUUUUUUUUCCCGUUAAUGUACCAGUCUGCAGAUUUUUUAGAUGUGAAGUUUUUUUCUUAUGUCUGGAUUGUAGAUAAGAAACAAUGUGGCAGCUGGACAUUUAAUGCCAUUGUAAAAGUAUUUACAGUCUAAUAUUUUUUCAAGAAACAUUUAUAUGUAAGGUAUUACUUCGCUUCUGUAAAUAUUGUAUACUACAAUUUUGCAUUGAAAUAUUACAUGUACUCAACACAUUUUGUGCUGCCAGUGACGUGUAGAUAUUUUGUAACAUCAGGCAAGAACUGUAUGUUUUUUAAAAAGUGAACCUUAAGCAUUUCACAGUGUAUUGAAUGAGCCUUCAGUAAAUCUGUUUACACAAUAUUAUUCUCCGCGUCAGUGAAAGACUAUUUCUCGAGUCUCAGUGUUAUAAUUUUUAAUAAGUCAUUUUAACAUUUAUUAUUUUAAAAUAUAGAUUAAGAUUCAUUGAGAAAUUAUUUUUUUAUUAGUGUUACUUAAAUGCUACAGAUCAAGGAACAUUUUAAACUCUUAUUGUCACAAGAGUGAGUUAUGUCAAGCUGCUGUUGUAUUGAUAUAAAUGAGUAUAUCAGUCAAUCAUCAUAUUUGUUAUGAAAAGUAAUAAUGUAUAUAAUUUAGCUGUAAUUCUAUGCAUGCAAUUCUGUGAAAAGAUAGCUGAACUUGGAUAAUGAAUUUUUUGAAAAACUUACAGUUGUUUUAAGCCUGUCAGCCAAUGAAUGUGGAACUAGUCAAAAUUUCACUAACUGUUCUGUAAGGAUUGUAUUUCCAGCAAUAUACUUUGUUGAAAUUUUUAAA